AUGGACCAGAACACAGGCCAAGGUGACCUCAACUGGCGCCUCAGUGCGCAUCCAAUCACGCUACUUGUCUUCUUGGGCAUUCGCAUUGGUGCACUCUUGAUGUACCUCUUUGGCCUCCUCUUCAUCAAUGACUUUAUCCUCGUGUUUAUCUUCACCCUUCUCCUGCUCUCCGCGGAUUUCUACUACCUGAAGAACAUUGCCGGUCGCCGCUUGGUGGGACUACGCUGGUGGAAUGAGGUUGACACCAACUCUGGGGACUCAAAAUGGGUCUUUGAAUCAUCUGACCCCAACGUCCGCACCGUGACAGCUACGGACAAGCGAUUCUUCUGGCUGAGUUUGUAUAUCACACCAGCCCUCUGGGUGGGCCUGGCUAUCCUGGCUAUUGUGAGAUUCGUGAGUCCGAUUUGGCUCAGUCUGAUUGUCAUUGCCCUCAUUCUGACUAUCACAAAUACCGUGGCUUUCUCCCGCUGUGACAAAUUCGGACAGGCCUCCACAUAUGCCAGCUCGGCUUUGGGUGGUGGUAUUGUCAACAACCUUGCUGGAGGUCUGCUGGGCAGAGUCUUCCGCUAA